UGUAACUCAAAUCUAGUAACAUUGCUCUUGGAUUGAGUAGUGAGUACCUACAUCUAGAGGUAUCUAGUAUGAACAAGUGUGUUUAGAGAUCAUUGUGCCACGUUUUGAACGUAAUGUGACAGAGUGCUAUGUGUUUUCGAAAAACAAUUUGUCAUUUUUAUUGUUUUAUAGUGUUUGUAAAGUUGGUUUAGUUACGGAAAUGCCAGUUAACCUUUAAGUUCCUCGAGUUGAAGCAUCGACCAAUUUUAAAGGUUACAUUUAUUUUAUUUACAUUCUAAGGGAAUUAAAUAAAUCAUUGAAAUGAAUGACAUAAUUCAGUAUGUGGCUGUACGGGGUGACCUUUUAAAGACAAUGGGGUGGCCCAUAGGAGCAAUUAUAGCUCAAGCAUGUCAUGCCUGCACUGCUGUCACUCACCUUUUUUAUAGUGACAGUGACACUCAAGCCUAUCUCACUGACUUAGAUAAUAUGCAUAAAGUUGUCCUUGAAGUUCCAGAUGAGGCCAGUUUAAAUGCAUUAUGUGAAAAAUUAAAAACUGAAGACAUCCAUCAUAAGCUCUGGAUCGAACAACCUGAAAACAUUCCAACUUGUUUGGCAACAAAACCUUAUCCAAAAAGUAAAGUACAGUCGUAUUUCAAGAAAUACAAAUUGUUGAAAUUGUAACAAAUUCUUUUUCUAUGUUUUUAUAUUGUAUAACGAUUGUAAUAAAGUACAGAAUAGUAUUGUGUAUUUUGUGAAACACUUGUGCUCAAAUACCUGGAUAACAACAUCGUCGGAUACCUUGAAGAAAAAUGAAGAUCGGUAUUGAUAUCCUAAUAAUAAACUGAUUGAUUUUUACAACUGAAAUGUACAUAUAUGUUUAAAAGUUAACACUUUGACGGCCGCUGUCACGUACACGUGACUUUGCGAGCCAGCAGACGUCGGCCAUUGUCACGUGUGCGUGAUCUACUGUAUCAGUUACCAUUUCAUCGUACAUUCAAUUUGUUACGUUUGUUGAGGUU